AUGUCUCCUUCCAGCACACCAGGACGACUUCCAGAGAUAGCCAGCAGUUCUGGCUCCGAGCCAGUCAGACCAAUACGUCGGAAGCCUCUGCAUGCAACCAGCUCCAACUACAACAAACGUCAGAAUGGAGAUUUCGACAAUCGCCACUCUGAUCGCCCACCGGGCGCCGGCAAUGUGUCUCUCGAUCACCUCAUAUAUCCCGACGAGGACGUGGGCUGUGGGCCAGUUCUUCGUUCGCAUCGCACAGCUCACCAAGCUCGAGAAGACACUUGCUCCAUACUAAAGGACCGAGACUCGCACUCGGAUGAGGAAUCUACACCUUUGUCCAAGGAAUCAUCUCUACCUGACAUGGACCCCGUCGAUCACUUCGAGACUAUCUCUGCAGGUCCUGAUGCACUCGCUGCACUCAGAAAGCACAUUUCGGACGCUCUCCUUGCGAGGCUUCCCGAUCUGAACGACAUGGAGUUCUCAAGACAUUCCUCAAUCGGCCCCAAGUUCAUCAUGGAAGUAGAUGAAAGACACGGAUAUGGAGGUCAUGACGUUGUGGAAGUUACAUGGUAUGAGGCCAUAUUUGAGCAGAGGGUCGCAACCAAACUUCCCUUCCAACAAGCUGCAACAAAAGACGAACUAUAUGCCGUGGUUAAGUACUACUUCCUAUUGGCGGUGGAGGCGGGAGUGGAGAACUUUCACCAUGACUUCAUCCCAUUGAACAGGUCCUUCGUCCAGCACCUGACCAGCUUAUGCCUACAUUAUGUACCAGAUCUUCGGACACCGACGCAUUCCACUGAGGGAUAUACAUACUAUGAGGAGCCACCCCCACGAUAUCCCACGAAGUUUGAUCGACGGCGUCCCCCAGGUUAUGAGAAAGAGCUGGGUGUAGCAAAGGUCCAUCAGUUUCCGCAAGUCAGCAUCGACGCAUCCGAAUUUGACCCAGGCAAGAGCGACAGUAGCAAUGUAGACAGCGAGUCUGCCAGUCUGCAACGGUCAAGAUAUGAGAAGCAAGCUUCUCGAAUGCCAGGCUUCGCAGCCGAGCCAUCUUUGCAUAUCUCAGCUCAACCACGGCGCAAACCUAUCACUGCCUUCUUACGCAACGAUCGAUCAGCCCUACCACGUCCCCUCAAUCAGGGCGAAGAAGCUUUAGUUCGCGGCUCGACUUCUCCGCGCAAUGCCAUCUCUUCGUGGUUAAAAACGAUGGCUGAAGAGCUAAACCUGCAUCCAGAUGCUCUACCCACCAAGGCACGAUCAGGAAAAAGGCGGGAGCUGAAGACCGACCAAUCUAUAUCGGAUGAAAUCGACUGGCCGCUGCGAGGAUCGUCGCCGCAAAGCUCGGUGUCCUCUGGUUACAAAGACAUGGACCAUUUCUCGAACCGCGACCAGAGCAGCUUGUUGAGUGGUACAGACAACUCCGUUUACUCGUUCCCGGAUCAACACGCCUCAAAGCCUGAUGAAGAACGCGCGAGCUUGACGCGCCUCGCGAUGACGGAGCCACUCCCCGAUAAAUAUCGGCACGAUGUAGAGUGGAGAGUGUUCCGAACCUCGACUGCCUCUCUUCCGGGGGUAGACAAAGAUCGUCGUGAGCGCCGCACAUCAAGGAAAGCGGAGCGAUCUCGCAACCCGAUCGCCAACCGCCGCUCCAGCUCGACUUUCGAUCGGGUCGUGUCGCCUUCCCUGCUUCAGCGUCAAAAGAAGGUCAUCGAUAGUCGCAUCGAAAAGACACUUCAUGACAUCGAGGAUCACUACAUCCAACUAAAGAAACUUCGACAGCUUCAAGCAAGUAUCAAGGCGGAGAUAGUAGAAGAGAAGCGCCGUGAAGAGAAGGAAAACCGGUUUGAACACGAGGAGAUGAUGCGCCGGAAGGACGAGGAGAAUGGUGGUAACGAUAGCAACAAGUCGAGGUUUUUGAGAUUGUUGUAG